UUCACAGCGUCGACUGUGGACAAACAGCUGCGAACUGAAACACAUGUCAACAUUUCUACUCAGAUCUAACUGAACAGACUUUAACGAACCCUGUGCUGCGGUCACCUUCUCCCUGGUGAGGCAGUGUUGUGAUAUAUGCAUGAGGGUAGCAGUGGCGGGCUUUCUAAACCUUCUGUGAAGUGUUAGCUGAAGGCUAACUGCGAGCAGCAUGGACAGUGAGAUUCAGAGAGACGGCAGAGUGCUGGACCUCACCGAUGACGCCUGGAGGGAGGACAGGCUGCCCUACGAGGAUGUCACCAUCCCACUAAGUGAACUGCCUGAGGCCGAGCAGGACAACGGGGGAUCCACAGAGUCUGUGAAGGAACAAGAGAUGAAGUGGACAGACCUCGCCCUGCAGAGCCUGCACGAAAACACACCGAGCACCGGAAGCUGAAAAACGAAUCUGGAAUCAGACUCUCGGACAAAAACACGCACUGAAUUUGGAUGCAUGUGAUUCACACUCUUUUCACAUUUUUGCAAGACAGAGUAUAUUUCAACAAAGCAGAAAUGAUGCACAAAUGUAUUUUGCAUUGGUGUCGGGUUUAUAUUGUAGUCUUUAUAAAUAUAAAAUAACUCCUA